AUGCCUUCUACGAUGCGCGCAAUUGCUAUCAAAGGCGGCAAGGGUCCCGCCGAAGCCAUGCACAUGGCCGAGAUCGAGAAACCCGUUCCUGCAGCUGGCCAAGCGCUCGUCAAAAUUCGCGCCUUUGGACUGAAUCGCAUGGAUCUCCUGCAACGGGAGGGACAGUACCCGCUGCCUCCUCAGGCACCGGAGACUAUGGGUGUGGAGUUCAGCGGGGUGAUUGAGGGGUUUGGCGGUGAUGCGGACAAGUCGGGCGAUUUCAAGCGUGGUGAUGAGGUGUUUGGAUUGGCGUACGGGGGUGCUUACGCUGAGUACAUUGUCGUCUCGACGAAGAUGCUGGUUCACAAGCCCAGUCAGCUUUCCUGGGAGGAAGCUGCCGGUGUUCCUGAGACCUGGAUCACAGCCACACAGGCCCUCUUCCUCAUCGGAGAAUUCAAAAAGGGCCAAUCCGUCCUCUGGCACGCCGGUGCCUCGUCCGUCUCCAUUUCCGGUAUCCAACUCGCCAAGGCCGAAGGCGCCUCGGCCAUCUACGCCACUGCCGGUUCCCAAGAGAAGAUCGACUUCCUCGAGAAAGAGCUGGGUGUGACCAAGGCCUUCAACUACAACACCGAGGACUGGGCCAGCGAGAUUCAAAAGUUGACGGGGGGCUCCGGCGUCAAUGUCAUUGUGGAUUUCAUCGGUGCGCCCUACUUCCAGGGUAACUUGAACACGGCGGCGCGGGAUGGUCGUGUCGUGGUGCUGGGUAUCAUGGGCGGGGGCAAGUUGCCCGAGGGUGUGAACAUGGCCCCAUUGCUGUUCAAGCGUGUGCGUCUGGAGGGAAGUACCUUGCGCAGCCGCGAUGAGGAAUAUCAGGGCAAGUUGCGGGAUACUCUGGUGGAGCAUGCGCUGCCCAAGUUCUGCGACGGCUCGUUCAAGGUGUUUGUGGAGAAGGUCUUUUCCUUUGAGGAUAUCGUCCAGGCACACCAGUUGCUGGAGAGCAACAAGACCAAGGGCAAAUUGAUCUGCAAGGUUGGCGAGUGGUAG